AUGAGGAAAUACAACAUCAAUGCCAACCUCAUCAGAGUCAUUGAACAUCUUUAUGACCAUGCCACAAGUGCAUGGAUGACACGCAAAAUCGUGAAGCGUUCCACAUACGCAUUAGAAGACCACGAAGGAUCAGUCAGCAUUGGUGGCAGAACUAUCAAAAACCUGCGCUUUGCUGAUGACAUUGACGGCUUGGUGGGCAGAGUGGAUGAACUAAACAACCUUGUGGAGCGCCUUGACAAAACACCACAGGCCUAUGACUGUGAUUGUCGACCAGUCUCUAGCCGACUCAUUACCAUUCGGCUAAAAGCAUCAUCUUUCAAUACCACCAUUAUCGAAGUCUGUGCCCUAACAACGGAUUAUGAUGACAAUGAAGACUUAUAUGAACACGUGCAAAAAGUCCUAGACCAGACACCCAAGAAAGAUAUGGUAGCGCAGGGCGACUCGAGUGCAAAGUUAGGAGAGGAUAAAUGCAAGAAAUGGAAGGGGACAUGUGGCCAAUACUGCAACCUUGAGACCAGCGAAAGAGAAAGAACUAACGAUAUCCUUGUCAAAUACCGACCCACAAAGAAGCCCUGGAUGACAGAUGACAUUCUAAAGUUGUGCAACAAACGUAGAGAACUGAAACAAAAGAAGAAUGCAGCUGAUGGUGCAGGUAAUGAUAUAGUAUCCAACGGAUAUGCUUGCUAUCCAAAAGUGUUAGAGAUUGUGCUGUUUUCGUAUAAUCAACUCUUUAGUCACUUUCUAAAGCAUGGCGAUGGCAUUAUGAAAGAAAAGACUAUAAGCUUACAAGUCGGGCUGUGCCAACUAAACACAAAUAUUGAAGAUUAUUAUAAAAACAUACAAGUAUAUCAGCAACUCCUCACCACAUGUCCCAACCGAGGGUCAGCAAGAUCAUCAAGCCAGACAACUCUUGACUCACUGGAUUGGGGUCACCUGAGUGAGGAUGGAGAAAGAGCAGUGGAUGAGCGUGUAGCAGUUUUGGAAUUUGAACUUCGCAAAGCCCGUGAAACUAUUCAGGGACUUCGAACCAACUUAACCCAAGCAACAGAAUCAAAACCUUCUUCAAUUGAGAAACAAGAAGCAGAUAAGACAUCUAUGGUGGCUGCAUUGUCAUCCAUCCGUCCACAUGAAAAAAGAACGCUGAAUUUCUUAAUCAAUGAGUACUUGGUGACAAACUCCUACAAACUUACUGCUAUCACAUUUGCAGAUGAAAAUAAUGACCAGGAUUUUGAGCACUGGGAUGAUGUAGGUUUGAACACAAGCCGACCACCAAACCUGGUACAAAUGUUGCGAGAAGGAGGUCAUUCUAUUGCAAAUCUCACAUCAUGUGCUUGUCAGACAGAUGGGUCAACGGAUAUUUCUCAAGACAUCAGACAAUAUCAGAUUGAAGUUGAAAGGUUGCAGAAAGAACUAGAAGUUACAAAAGAUAUUCUAGCUUCACAAUCAAGGGAACUUAAAAAGCUGCAUAGGAAGACAUCCACUCCAAGUGUAACACCUUUAGGUUCUCCAAGAAAGGAGAGUGCACAAUGUCAGAAUGAGGGCUUUGCUUGUGAUUCAGAUAAAGUUAACCCGCUUGCUGUUGAUAAAGGUGGAAGGGAAUCCCCUGAAGGCACAUCAGACAAUGAAGAAACAUCAGGGGGUGGAGGUUUUGUCAUGAUUUCACCACCAUCUGUUCUACAAGUUGCCCAGACUACUGAAUGCUCAAGUGCUGUUUUAGAAGAGAAUAUUGAGCAAAUUUUUCAUCAAGACCCAGUGAGAAGUGGAUAUGAAGAUCCAUCAGAAUCUAUUGAGGUAUUGAUACAGUCUGGUAGUGAGGAUACACUAGAAAAAAUAAGCGAAAGACUUUCAGAAGCAAUGGAUAUUAAAAUUCAUACUACAGGUGAAGAAUCUUCAGUAACACAUGGAAUUAGCUCACAAGAUAUUCAAACUUCUCCAGAUGAUAUUCCAGAUGUAGUUAGUGUUACUGAAUAUCAAAUAAAUCAGGAAUUACAGUCCAGUUACCAAGACAAUAUUGAAGGCAGUAGUAACAUUUCAAGGAAUACGACAACAGAAGCAUAUUUGAAACAGAUAAAAUGUGAGGCCAAGAAUCUUCUCAGAGCUUCAUCCAGACGAAUUCCUCCAGAUGUGUUUGAGGAGCAGCUGAUCCAGACAAGUCUGGGACACACUAACUACCGAGAAUCUAGGGUGCAAGCAGAGGUGGCUAGGCUUGGUGAGGGUGGCCAGGAAUUGCUAGAAGUUGUUGCAUCUUCGCUUCACAACAUAGCCCCUAAUGUUAUUCUAGCUAAGCGUGAGGAACUGUUACCACUUCUGAUCUGUGGUGUUAGUCUUCACAAGGAUGGCAGGGAAAGGGAGAAGUUACUCCACCUGUUAUUUAACUUGAUUAAGAGACCAAAUGAGGAACAAAGAAAUAUCAUUUUAACUGGUCUUGUAGGUUUAGCUAGGGUUCUAGGCCCCACUAAGCUUGAAGCUGAACUCCUUCCACAGUGCUGGGAGCAGCUGACUCAUAAGUACAUAGAAAGACGAUUAUUAGUAGCCCAGUCAACGGCAGCUUUAGCUCCAUAUACACCACCUUCUUUAAGAAACUCUCUUUUACUGUCUAUGUUGCUACAGUUGCUAGCUCCAGGUGGUGAGAAAGAUGUGAAAGUGAGAGAAGCAGCUCUUCUUAGUUUAUCUCUCCUUGUUACAUACCUUGAUGACUGCAGCAAAUUGUCAGUUCUGGUUGACACACUGCUACACUGCUUGGAGAAUUCAGGGGCUGCUACAGAUGCUUCCCCUCACAUAAGCCUGGAUUCCUCACAGUUUGUAACAAGGCCAUUGCAGAUGUCCUUAUCAGCUAUUGAUAUAUAUCUCUCCUCUCUUGCUGUGUGGGCACUUGAAGAGAACUCUAUAAACCUUCUCUUAGACCCAUUAAUUGUGAAACUUCAGCAACUUGCUUGUCACUUCAAAGAAUCUCAAGAAGCAGAGAAAAACAGACAAGUGAGUCAACAGCCAGUGGUAACUGUGAUUGAAGCCAUUAGAAAGGUAAUUCCAUUCAUUAUGGCAACUUUAAUCAACUCUUUGCCUGUGCCUGAUGAUGUUGGACAUAAUUUUGCACCAAUGCCAUCAAGUUGUAUUGCUUUAGAAGAGUUGUCCAUGAUAUAUGGUUGUAAAGAAAAAGCCUUAUUAGGAUUAAACCAGUAUCAGCAGUACGUUGCAAAAGAGUGGUUCAAGUCAUGGGAGGAACUAGAGUAUAUAACUAAAAUAUUCUUACCUGCUUUAGUUGAAGUGUUAGCCAUUGUGGAAGCCACUGCAGAGUCUGCAGUUCAUGCAUUUAUAAAGUUAUUUACAGAGUUACUUCAAUGUUUAGGCCCUCAAAUUACUUCAUCUUGUGUUAAACCUAUUUUCAUGAGGCAUUUAAGUAUUGAUGACUCUGCACUUGAGGUUGUAAGUCAGGGCAACACAGGCCUUACUAGAUCUCUAGUGGUUGUUUAUUCAGUUGCUGUUCUUGCUCCAAACCAAAGUUCAUCUGAAAAACAAGGUGAACUUGAGAGUUUUUUGGCAAAGCAGAUCAAUAUUUUGGCACUAUGUCGUGCUCAGCUUGAUUCAUUAUACAUUACAAUUGCAACCUUACUACAGCAUAAACGAAAUCAUGAUGCUGUGCUGGGAUCACUCUGGUCUUGUGUUGUUCAUAAAUCUAGCAUGGUCCGAGCAUGUAGUGCAGGUUUGUGGGGAAUAGUUGUUGGAUGUGUUGAAGAUGGUGCACUUGGAUCUCGUGUAGUACCAGCACUUGUUACCUUAGCUACAGACACUGAUGUCAAUGUCAGAGCUUCUGCUGUGCAUCCUUUGGCAACCAUCAUCACAACUACUACAAAUGUUGAGGUACUUGAUAAAAUAUGGCUUCAGCUUGAGACAUUAUGUGAUGAUCCGGCCACCUUUGAAAGCAUCAAUUUCCAGCUAGCUUUGGCUAGAACAUGCUCUGCUUUAGCACACACGGCACAUCCACGUUUAAUACACCAGUUCUUACUUCCUCGCCUGUGCCGUGUGAUAAUGGCUGGAAAGCAAAAUGAAGAAGAUGGUAUUAUUUUUGCUCUGGAGGUUCUAGAUGUCUACUCUGUACUAACUUGCUGCCAAUUGCCAGACCACGUUAUUGCUCACUUUGUACUCCCACCACUUCAUCAGCUCCAAAAAACCUUGGGCUGUUUAACAUUUGAACACAUGGAAACUAUAACUGACUUGAUAAGAGAGUAUGAUUUAAGAGGUCAGUCUUCACAGGGACUAGAAAGACGGAAAUCCAAUUUCUCCCUUGGUGGGACCUUGCCUGUCCAGACAGGAGUGGACGACAUGAAGAAUAAGAUGAGUAAAAUGUUUGCAUCUCGGCCGUCAGCUACUGUGUUGCAAGCAAAAGCACAGUCAAUCAAUGUCAGUCUACCAGGUUUCCUUAAGAAGAAAUAGUGACAGCAUCAUUGGUUGUAGUAUUUGUAUAUUAAAAAAAGAAGAAAAUUAUGAAUUAAUUUAUAUGAAAUAUCAGUUGCCUUAUCUUAGAAAAUAUACUGCAUUUUGAAAUUCUGAAAAAAAAUUUUAUUUCAUAUUGCAGAAUGGACAUUUCAUAUGCUAUAAUAUUUUGUGCAAUAUUUUCUACUCAAUGGGUAAUGAUUCCAUUUUGCCAUUGUGAACAUAUAAAUGUACUUGUUUUCA